UCGGGGCUUUGGUCAUUCCCCACCCGGCGUCCCUCUGCGGCCAUGGUAACACAAGUGGACCUGUGAUCAAAACAACACAGACAACCGCUUUCCAUGCAGCUACAACCCUCAGCAUGAAUCUGGCAGAGAUAUGUGAUAAUGCGAAGAAGGGCCGUGAGUACGCUUUGCUGGGGAACUAUGACUCCUCCAUGGUGUACUACCAGGGUGUCAUUCAGCAGAUCCAUAAGCACUGUCAGUCCCUCCGAGACCCCGCCCUCAAAGUCAGAUGGCAACAGGUGAGGCAGGAGCUGACGGAGGAGUACGAGCAGGUGAAAGGCAUUGUGGGAACGCUAGAGAGCUUCAAGACAGAUAAGCCGGUGGAUCCCCCUGCUCCUCAGCCAGAGGAGAGACCAGAGGACCCAGCGGUUUGGCCCCCUCCCAUCCCUGCAGAACACAGGAAUCCCGCCGCCGUGAAGCGUCCCAAUAGUGCCGUGAAGCAGCAGAAGAAGGAUUCUCCCGGCCUGCAGCACAGAGGGGCGGGGCCAGGUGGAAGGGGCCAGACCAACCCUAAAACAGAUCGGCCGGGAGCCAGAGACGCCCGUGGCACCAAGGCCAAAGACGACAAGGGAAAGAGAGGGGCUGCGGAGGGGGGAGGGGACGGGGAUCUGAAGAAGUUUGACGGCACGGGUUAUGACAGCGACCUCGUGGACGCACUUGAGAGGGAUAUUGUGUCCCGCAACCCUAACAUACACUGGGAUGACAUUGCUGAUCUGGAGGAUGCUAAGAAACUGCUGAGGGAGGCAGUGGUGCUGCCCAUGUGGAUGCCUGACUUCUUCAAGGGCAUCCGCCGCCCCUGGAAGGGUGUGUUAAUGGUCGGCCCUCCAGGGACAGGGAAGACCAUGCUGGCUAAAGCUGUGGCCACGGAGUGUGGGACCACUUUCUUCAAUGUGUCCUCCUCCACCCUCACCUCCAAAUACAGGGGAGAGUCUGAAAAACUUGUCCGCCUUUUGUUUGAAAUGGCCCGGUUUUACGCUCCAACAACCAUCUUCAUAGACGAGAUCGACUCCAUCUGUGGCAGAAGAGGAACAUCAGACGAACAUGAGGCGAGCCGCAGAGUCAAAUCAGAACUCCUGGUCCAGAUGGACGGUGUGGGCGGAGCCCUGGAGAACGACGAUCCCUCUAAGAUGGUGAUGGUCCUGGCUGCGACCAACUUCCCCUGGGACAUCGACGAGGCACUACGGCGACGCCUGGAGAAGAGGAUCUAUAUCGCCCUGCCCACAGCGGUCGGUCGUGUAGAGCUGCUGAAGAUCAACCUGAGGGAGGUGGAGGUGGCCGCUGAUGUAGACCUGGACCUCAUUGCCAAGAAGAUCGAGGGCUACUCUGGAGCAGAUAUCACCAACGUCUGCAGGGACGCCUCUAUGAUGGCCAUGCGUCGUCGUAUCCAGGGCCUGAGCCCCGAGGAGAUCCGAGCUCUGUCCAAAGAGGAGCUGCAGAUGCCCGUCACCAUGGACGACUUCACCCUCACGCUCAAGAAGAUCUCCAAAUCCGUCUCCGCCGCAGACCUGGAAAAAUACGAAGCCUGGAUGGCCGAGUUCGGCUCCGUGUAGCGACAGGCACCGCACGGUACCGGAGGGACCGAACCUUUCCAAGGAGCGCGCGUGGCUUUGGGAAACCAGGAACGUCUUGGGAGAGGAGUGUAUACCGCAGAGCAGGGAGCGCUGGAGUCUGUGAACCAGCAUGACAGCCACCGACGUAACACAGGGGCUUUAAGUUUACAUCAGAACACUGGUGCCUUGGACAGAGCGUGACGCGAAUCAAAACAGUCAGCGGCUUCACUCUUUACCAUUCACGACAGCUGCGCUCCUUGUUUUUUUUUUUUUUUUUUUUUUGGUGACACCGCGAUUGUCCGUGUAGAGACUGUGAAUCAUCUUAGCUGACUGACUCCGGUGACCCAGGGCAGGACGGCGUAAACUGCCCUAAACCGGUCAGACGUAAUACUUGAAUGUCACUCCUCUCAUGUAUGGGGAUCAUUUACUGUAAGAAGUAGCCUAACGCAGGUAGACCAGGGAAUACACGGUACUAGCACUCACACAGUGUUGUAAUGUCACUGAGUCUGAGCACCUUUUGAUGUUUUUUAGUUCCUAGGAGCCUAAAUACUGACUACUGACCGAACUGACUUCCAUAGGGGGGCCAUGCAUGACGAUAGCCAUUUGCCGCAGCUGGUUAUCAAGUAAUGGCUUCUUGUGUAUGUAUUAUAAUGACUGGUCAUGUUGUUGUUGUUUUCUUUGUGCAUUCCAUAUGAGGGGUUUCCAUAUGAGCUCCAAAAAAAACAGGGGCAGACAUAUGUUGUUUACAAAAGGUGCAGACAGAGUGCGUCUCUCAAGGGUACAGCUAAUUCUCACGAAGGCACUCAAUAAACAGUCCUUAUAUGUUAAUAUAACUGAUUGGUUUUAAUGUAUUCUGCUUGUUCUUUAUGGCAAAAUCUUAGUCUAAUUAACUCCAGGUCAGGCUGUAUUUCUGUCUUAUUGUAAGCAAACUGUGAAAUGUAUUUGUCAGUCUGUGCACCGCCUUAAACUGAAUUAUUUUAUAUCUGGCGUUCAAGGAGCAUCACUAGAUUCUAUACAGCCCCUUCUGCUAGAUUUUAUUGCGUUGACAUCCAGAUCCUUGACCCAGUCUUCUUUCGGGUGACGGUAGAGGGUGGCCCAGAAAUAGAAACAGGCAGAGAAACUGUUUGGAGUAAGGUUUGAAUCACAAGAGGUAAUGAAAUGUGCCAUUUUUUUUUUUUUUUUUUUUUAGGUUAACGUUCCAGGUUUGGUGUCAUUUUCUGACGCAGUGUCUGAUUUGAAGACAGCUGGUGAAAUGAGAGUGAAGGGGAACGUAUUUAUCAUCAGUCGACCCAGAGAGGCAAAUGGUUUGUUUAAGCGCAGAUCAUAAAUCUUCACUAAUCUUUUCUCCCUCUAGACAAGGAACACACUUCACUUUUCCGAAAAAACAUGAAGAAAUGGUGAAAAUGCCUGUUGUUUUAUGAGCACUCGUGAUCCGCCGUUCAGACAUUAUCCUACUUUCCCCACCCUCUGUUUUUAAAACUCGGCAUCAGUCUUAACCUGAUCGUUCAUUCCUUUGUGUUUCAUUUAUGUGGAUUACAAAAUGUAUUGUACUUUAUAUUCAUGAAUGUUAAGAUUUGUGAAUGUUAGUGAAAAGAUGCACUCAGUCUUGUUGUUUUCGUCCGUUCCGUAGCACUGAAAUACUUGAUGUAUUGUAGAUGUAGACAAAGUAAGACCGGAGACAGAAUGUGACAGCAGCCUCAAGUUUUGUUUGUUUUGUCAAGUCAAUACGUGAUAUUUCAAAUGAAGGGCAGAUGUUACACGGCACUUUCCGCUGUAAUGGCACUCAAAAGUAUUCAACUUUCGUGAUUAUGUACCCAGCGAUACCUCUCUCAGUGGGAUUAUAAGGGGAUUCGUUCUCGAGCAGUCACUUGUGCACUCUGUUGUAAGCAUCUUAUAACAGGUUUUUCAAAUUAAAACAUUUCCUGAAACCCCCUUACUGAAUCCUAAAUGUAAGCUGUGUCUUAUGAUCUGCAGUUUUAGGCAGAUUCUUGCAAUCCACCUCUUAUUAAAAGAAGGGGAAUCUACUCUAGAAAAACAUUUUCAUAUCUCAAUAUUGACACUUGGACAUAAUAAAGAAAUAGAUAUUCAUUAUAAAAGCUGGAGGGCAGGUUGGGAGAGAAGCAGGGAGAAAGUGUGACGUUAAUGGCACCAUUUAUGGAUCUGUGAUCAAUAUCAGUGUGAGGCCCACUCUCCACUGAACCCUCCCAGUCAUCUGUGGUGGUAAUGCGUUCCAGUGAUUGUACCAUAUCACACCACACUAUUGAUCCCAUCAGAUUGAUAAGUGCAGUUUCAAUACUCACAGCAUCUCUGCUUCCACUGAGACGGGAAGCAGAGGGGGGGGAGUCCUUUGUCAGGAUGAAGCCUGGAUUAUCUCGCUCGGCGCCCUGGGAAAAGCCAAACCCUGUGUAUCUACCGAGUCAAGUGCCCAUGCCAUUAGACACCAGCAUUAACCAAAACUGCUCAGUGUGACUUUGUUAAAGAUAACACAAAUAGUGUGCACAUUUGUAUCACUGCAAACGUACAAAUAAAUUACAAAUUUACCUUCA